GAUGCUGCUCGGUCCCGCCGCCGCCCCAGGAGCGCGGAGCCGGGAGCGGCCGGGCGGGGCCGGGCGGGGGGCACCGCGAGGAGCCGCCCCCGCCGCCCACCCCGGGCCCGCGGCCGAGGGCAGCCUGGGGGUCGCGGCCGCACCGGGCUGCCGCGGGCGGCGGACAAAGGACCAUGCGGGGCCGCGGGCGCUGAGCGCGGCGGGGCGGGCCGGGGAUGCGGCGCGGGACGGGCGGGGGCCGGGGGCUGCGGCGGCGCCGCUGAGCUGGGCCGGGGUCGGGCGCGGCGGCCGCGAUGCCGUGGCUGCCGGUGAAGAAGCUCCGCAAGCAGGUGAAGCUGCUGCUGCUGCUGCUGCUGCUGAGCUGCGCCGCGUGGGUCACCUACCUGCACCUGGGCCUGGUGCGCCAGGGCCGCGGGCUGCGACAGCGCCUGGGCGACGGGCGAGACGGCGAGAAGCUGACCAGCGUGACCGACGGCCGGGGUGUCCACGCUGUGCCAUCCACACAGAGGGCGGAGGACUCUAGCGAGAGCCGUGAAGAGGAGCAGGCGCCGGAAGGUCGGGACUCAAACAUGCUGUUUCCUGGGGAGGGCAGGAGGCUGCCACUGAACUUCACCCAUCAGACACCCCCAUGGCGGGAGGAGUACAAGGGGCAGGUGAACCUGCAUGUGUUCGAGGACUGGUGUGGGGGCGCCGUGGGCCACCUGAGGAGGAACCUGCACUUCCCGCUGUUCCCUCAUACUCGCACCACUGUGAAGAAGCUGGCCGUGUCCCCCAAGUGGAAGAACUAUGGACUCCGUAUUUUUGGUUUCAUCCACCCAGCGAGGGAUGGAGAUGUCCAGUUUUCUGUGGCCUCAGAUGACAACUCGGAGUUCUGGCUGAGCCUGGAUGAGAGCCCAGCUGCUGCCCAGCUGGUGGCCUUCGUGGGCAAGACUGGCUCUGAGUGGACAGCACCUGGGGAAUUCACCAAGUUCAGCUCCCAGGUGUCCAAGCCCAGGCGGCUCAUGACAUCCCGGAGGUACUACUUUGAGUUGCUGCACAAGCAGGACGACCGUGGCUCGGACCAUGUGGAAGUGGGACCACGGCCGCGCCCGACCCCCACCCUCUCUGCCCCUCAGUGGCGAGCUUUCCUACCCGGCCUGAAGUUCGAGGUCAUCGACUCUGCUCACAUCUCCCUGUACACAGAUGAGUCAGCCCUGAAGAUGGACCAUGUGGCCCACGUCCCCCAGUCUCCAGCCAGCCACGUAGGGGGGCGUCCGGCGCAGGAGGAGACCAGCGCAGACAUGCUGCGGCCAGACCCCAGGGACACCUUCUUCCUGACACCGCGCGUGGAGCCCUCGAGCCUGGAGGACGUGCUGGAGCCCUGCGCUUACGCCCCCACCUACGUGGUCAAGGACUUCCCCAUCGCCAGAUACCAGGGACUGCAAUUUGUGUACCUGUCCUUCGUGUAUCCCAACGACUACACCCGCCUCACGCACAUGGAGACCGAGAACAAGUGCUUCUACCGCGAGUCUCCGCUGUACCUGGAGAGGUUUGGGUUCUACAAAUACAUGAAGAUGGACAAGGAGGAGGGGGACGGCGACGAAGAGGAGGAGGUGCAGCGCCGAGCCUUCCUCUUCCUCAACCCCGACGACUUCCUGGAUGACGAGGACGAAGGGGAGCCGCUGGACAGCCUGGAGCCCACGGAGGCGGCCCCGCCCAGGAGCAGCCCCCCGUCCCCCGCCCCGCCGACCCCUCCCGGCCCCCGGGACGACAGGACCCCCAGGCGCACCCGGGCCCUGAGCUGGGCCGCCCGGGCCGCCCGCCCCCUGCCACUCUUCUUGGGCCGAGCUCCUCCCCCGCGCCCUGCCGCGGAGCAGCCGCCCCGGACACCCGGGAAGGUGUACGUGACCAGGGUGCGGCCGGGACAACGGGCCUCCCCCAGAGCCCCGGCGCCGCGCGCGCCCUGGCCGCCCUUCCCCGGCGUCUUCCUGCGCCCUCGGCCUCUGCCCAGAGUGCAGCUGCGGGUGCCCCCGCGCCCCCCACGGCCUCACGGCCGCAGGACCGGCGGCCCCCAGACCACAAAGCUGCGGCCUCCAGCCCAGGCGCAGGCCACCCCCGGGGGCCGGGAGAGCCAGGCGCGCACGCUGGGACCUGCGGCGCCCACGGUGGACUCGAACUCGUCCUCCGAAGCACAGCCCGUGACCUCCUUCCUGAGCUUGUCUCAGGUGUCGGGGCCGCGGCUGCCGGGGGAGGGCGAAGAGGAGGAGGAGGGGGAGGACGACGGGGCCGAGGCCGCGUCGGAGGACAGCGAGGAGGCCGCGGGCCCUGCGCUCGGACGCUGGCGUGAGGACGCCAUCGACUGGCAGCGCACGUUCAGCGUGGGCGCCGUGGACUUCGAGCUGCUGCGCUCGGACUGGAACGACUUGCGGUGCAACGUGUCGGGGAACCUGCAGCUGCCGGAGGCGGAGGCCGUGGACGUGGUGGCUCAGUACAUGGAGCGGCUCAACGCGCGCCAUGGCGGGCACUUCGCGCUGCUGCGCAUCGUGAACGUGGAGAAGCGCCGGGACUCGGCGCGAGGGAGCCGCUUCCUGCUAGAGCUGGAGCUGCAGGAGCGCGGGGGCCGCCGCCUGCGACUGUCCGAGUACGUCUUCCUGCGGCUGCCUGGAGCCCGCGUGGGGGAUGCAGACGGAGAAAGUCCCGAGCCCGCUCCCGCCGCCUCCGUGCGCCCCGACGGCCGCCCGGAACUCUGCCGGCCGCUGCGCCUGGCCUGGCGCCAGGACGUGAUGGUCCACUUCAUCGUGCCAGUGAAAAAUCAGGCACGGUGGGUAGCGCAGUUCCUGGCGGACAUGGCCGCGCUGCACGCGCGCACUGGGGACUCGCACUUCAGCGUCGUCCUGGUGGAUUUCGAGAGCGAGGACAUGGACGUGGAGCGGGCCUUGCGCGCUGCGCGCCUGCCCCGGUACCAGUACCUGAGACGCACCGGAAACUUCGAGCGCUCCGCGGGGCUGCAAGCAGGAGUGGACGCGGUGGAGGACACCAGUAGCAUCGUGUUUCUCUGCGACCUCCACAUCCACUUCCCACCCAACAUCCUGGACGCCAUCCGCAAGCACUGUGUGGAGGGCAGGCUGGCCUUCGCGCCAGUGGUCAUGCGCCUGGGCUGUGGGAGCUCACCCCGGGACCCACACGGUUACUGGGAGGUGAACGGCUUUGGCCUUUUUGGGAUCUACAAGUCGGAUUUUGACCGGGUCGGAGGCAUGAACACUGAGGAGUUCCGAGACCAGUGGGGGGGUGAAGACUGGGAGCUCCUGGACAGUAUCCUGGAGGCCCAGAGAGACCCUCCACCGGCUUCACUCCUGAAACCCGUUCCCACCCUCAGGGUCCUGGUCCUGCAGGCAGGGCUGGAGGUGGAGCGGCUACGUCUGCGGAACUUCUUCCACCACUACCACUCCAAAAGGGGCAUGUGGAGCGCCCGCAGCAGGAAAGCCUCUCACACGGGGGUGGGGGCGUCGUGAGGAUGGGCAGCCCCUCCCAACCCCAGUGGGAGGCCCAGGGCAGCUGCUGGGGCCUGGGCUUAGAGCUUGGUCCUGAGGGCCCCGGCAGGGCUCAGGGCUGGUCAAUGGGUCACAGCCACCACCAUGCCUGCCCCUCCUGGCCCACGGGGCCCCCGUGCCAGGCCCACCCCGGAGGGGCAGCUUCACGGCAGGUCAGGGCCUGGCCUUGUCCCCACUCUGCGAUGAUUUCUGUGAAAUUUUGCUGUAGCGAUGACGUUGUUUUCAGGAUACCCAAGAGUUCUGUCUGUUCUGUUUUUUAUUCAGAAUGAAAUGAAAUAUUUUUUUUAGUUCUGA